GCUGGCUUCUCCUUACCUGGUUCAGUGUCAGCGGGGCAGAGGAAGACAAGACAGUGUGUGGUUUUAAAUGCUUAGUACUGAAUUACAGUUUACGACUGACGAACACUUCAGGCUUAAUUUCGUUUACUUUGCAUUUUUUAAAACAUUUUCCUAAACCGUGUUUCUCGUGGACAGUAUUAAAACAUGAAGGUAGAACACUGCAUGUAAAGAUCCUAGAAAUCAUAUUGAUAAAGGUGUCAGAGCAUCGCUCUCAGGGCCAGAAAUGGCUGAAUUCUGGUUAAUUUCAGUUCCCCUUGACAAAACAAGCCAGAAAUCUCUGGAGAGAAUGCAAGCUGUGACAACAAAAGCUAACUUAUCCAAUAAUUUCAAAUUCACAAUCCCAGAUCUGAAGGUGGGAACCUUAGACCUUCUCAUUGGGCUGUCUGAUGAACUUGGGAAACUGGACACCUAUGUGGAGGGUGUUAUAAAGAAACUUGCCCACUACAUGUCUGACGUAAUAGAAGAAUCCAAAGACAAAAUACACGAAAACCUGCUGGCCAAUGGAGUUGACCUGGUGACCUAUUUGACACAGUUUCAAUGGGAUAUGGCAAAAUACCCAACAAAGCAGCCUCUGAAGAAUCUGGCAGAAAUCAUAUCAAGGCAAAUCUCCCAGAUUGAGGCAGAACUGAAGUCCCGCAAUAUAGCAUAUAACAAUGUGAAGGCGAGCCUGCAGGGCAUGGAGCGGAAAGCCAUAGGGAACCUUCUAACCCGGACUCUAACAGACAUUGUUAAUAAGGAUGAUUUUGUGCUGGACUCUGAAUACCUGACAACUCUGCUGGUGGUUGUUCCAAAGGCAAAUUACUCCAUUUGGCAAAAGACCUAUGAAUCUCUGUCUGAAUUUGUUGUCCCUCGUUCGACAAAAAAGAUAAUGGAGGACUCUGAAGGAGGACUUUUCACCGUAACCUUGUUCAAGAAGGCUGUCAGCGACUUCAGAAUAAAAGCCAGGGAAAAUAAGUUUACAGUUAGAGAGUUCAGCUUCAAUGAGACCGAGCUGCAGGCUGAGAAAGAGGAAAUGACACGGCUGGCAGCUGACAAGAAACAACAAUUUGGUCCUCUUUUGAGAUGGCUAAAGGUAAAUUUCAGCGAAGCAUUUACUGCUUGGAUCCAUGUGAAGGCACUGAGGGUAUUUGUGGAAUCUGUCUUGAGGUAUGGGCUCCCGGUUAACUUUCAAGCAAUUCUACUGCAGCCCAGCAAGAAGAACAGUAAACGCCUGAGAGAAAUAUUAAAUUCACUCUACAAGCACUUGGACGGUGUGGCAGCAUCAAGCAAGCUGGAUGCUGGAGUUGAUCUUCCUGGAUUAGGUCUCAGCAACCAGGAAUACUAUUGCUAUGUCUACUUCACGAUUGAUGUGAAUCUGAUUGAUCUUUAACAGGUGUAGGUGCCAAGGUACUGUACAGAGGAGGUCCAGUCCUCAUCCGAGAGAGAAGUCAAAGGAAACCACAAUAAACAAAUUGGGCCCAUGUCAGGUUGUUUCAAAUGAAUAAGAAUAAUGGUAAUAUUCCGGAAAUCUAGCUUUCACUGCUUUAACAAAUUCAGUACAAGAUCAAGUUGCUUUAUAGCUAUAGUAUAAUGCAUUUGUUUUCAUUCUGUAAUCUAGAGAUCUCGACAAACAUUUAGCCAUAUUACUCAAGAGUAACAAAAGCGAGACGACUUAAAGUCUAUGCACUUCCUGAAACGCAAUGACACGCAGGCAUUCUAAGCAUGGAUCGGUAGCUGAAGGCUAAGCAUGACCGGUUUACUCAGCUGUGUUCUAGUGGGAAAAAAAGUCCCUUACACUGACGGUACGCUGUGAAAAUGGCACAAACCCCAACUGCAACACAUACAGGGAUACAUAUGAAGAGCCACAGGAUUUUGGACUCCGAUUACCCUGUAAUUACAUGUACUACAGAAAUGCUGUGAUUUUCAGAGCACACUUACACUCAACAUCUUAUUAGAAUAGCCUGAUGCAAUAACUAUACUGCUAAACAGACACGUAGAGAGAUACGACUAUAGCGACUAACGACUAAUGACUAAAGUGAUGUGUGGUUAUAAAUGGCAAUGUGCGAGACGCAGAGCUCACAGGACUCAUUUACAUUGUUUUAAUCUUCUGUCUGAAAAACGUGCUGCAUUUUGAGGAGAUUUAACAAGUACCAAGGAGUUGUGUUCAAUGACAUAACUGAUUUUUUUCAUGUUUUCAGUAAUGUUAGUUUUACUUAAUGCUGGAAUCAGAUAUGCAUUUUGAAAUACUGUACUGUCUGUAAACGUAUCUUGCUUAAGAAAUUAGUUCAGAAAAAAAAAUCUAGUACAGAGUAGUUUUUCUGUUCUGGGGAUAGCAUACUGUGACUUUAAUCCUCCAAAACAAGAACCUGCGUGUUUAUCUGAAAAGGACUUCCAACCAGUUUAUCUAUAAAUCAACAUGUCUCAUUGGCCUUUCAAAAGAGGAGCAUGUCUGAUUCCAAACAAAAGAUUUUUGAUUUACAGAUGUAAAACUACAUUUCAUAUUAAUGUUUGUUAAUGAUUCUGAAAGGUAGAAUGUUUUAAAUCCCAUCACACUAAAAUUAUGGAAUUUAAAUGUACAAAAUACACAGUAAAAAAUAAAUACAAUUCAGUUUUGCUGUAAAUAUGCCAGAAAAGCAAUAUUGAAGUGCAGAUUUCAAUUUAUAAAUGCAAAUUGCUUGGGGGUGAAUAAUGAGGAAUAUUUUUAACAUCAUUUAAGCAUUUUGUGCUUUUCUGCCUAAAAUCCUUAUUUACUAAAUAAUCUGCAAUGAGUAACUAAUCAUGCAUUAAUUUUUUUAUAUAUAUAUAUCUUGGUGUCAAAAUGUUAAUCAUUUUUGAUUAGGCUGAAACACUCCAAUAUCUUGUUUGUAUUUGGUGUAAUAAACUUUUAUAUUUUCA